AUGCUGCCAUCGCAACUGCGGCAUGCUAUCGAGGCCGAUGAAGUUGAUGUGCCACUGCAUCUGCUGGAGGAUCUCGGUAUCGAGUUUGACUUCGAAAUGGAUACAGAGUCCAUGUCGCGCGCGUACUUUGAAUGCGCAGCGGAAGGAAACGUUGAGACUCUUCGCUUUCUCCUCAGCAGCGACGUCAAAGGCGAGUUGUUGAACUCGGUGGACGUCGAUGGCUUUUCCGCGCUCAUGAUUGCUGCUGCGGAAGGCAAUCGUGACGUCGUGCUAGAACUCUUGCGACGCAACGCUGACGCAAACCUUCGGACGUUCGAACUCAGGAGCGCGGCCCUUCAUUUCGCCGCCAAAAACGGAGACCCGGACAUUGUCGAAGAAAUGUGCAAACACACAACCCAGAUCGACUUUUGGAACAUCAAUGCGGACACGCCGUUGGUGUGGGCAUGCAUCGAAGGCCGCGACGCGGCAGUGGCUGUGCUCCUCCGCCAUGGUGCUGAUCCACGAGUGACCAACCACUACGGCGCCACGACCCUCAUGUGCGCGACUAUGAUUGGAGAGGAGUCGGAUGAAGCCACGGAUGCAGCGCGCAAAGCCAUCGUCACCAUGCUCCUCGAACGGUGCCCCGAACUGGUCAAUGUCCAAGACCGAGAUGGAAGCACUGCGAUGCACUUGGCGGCGUCGUGCGGGUAUUUGCAAUGCUGUCACGCCUUGCUGGCGGGCGGGGCAGACAUCACGAUUCGAAAUGCCGUGGGCCAGACACCGUUGGAGGAAGCCGAGCAAACGGGAUGCGAAGGCAGCGAACCAUGCGUCGCAUUUCUUAAAGUGCACUGGGCAAAACUCGAAGAGGAAGUGAACAAGCGCAUGCGAACCAUGCUCGAGCUCGAAGACGACCCGUCCCUGGGCGUCGCCACGCCUGGGAAAUCAACCAAAAAGAAGAAAAAACAAAAGAAAAACAGCGCGGCCAAGAAAAAACAGCAACUCGCCAACAAACCAGCAACGCCCCCACCAAAUGCAUUCAACACACAUAGUCUGCCGGCGACUGCUGCGACACGAGAUAUCGACGACGACGACGACUCGGACGCAUCGGACGAACAAGUCAAGUUGGGCUCGCAAACGAAUCGCACAGUGCAGGCAUCCACUACUGGCCUUCAAGCUGUGCAAGUGCCGCAGCCCGCAGUGGAAGAGGACGCUUGGACAACAGUGUGCCGCAAGCAGUCUCACGAAAAGAAAGACGCCGGCAAACACCAGCCAGUGACUCCACAUGGAGUGGGGUUGGAACAAAGUGAUGCUACACACAUUGCGUCCGAAGUCCAUUCGAUGAAACCAGCUUCGACUGCACCUCAAACACACACCCAACCUACGUUUCCACCGAUUGCGCAGAGAUUGAUGCGGGAAGUUGACGAAGAAAUCGCUCCGACGCAUCGAGUGACACCUGAGUCGCUCGUUGUGCCUCCUGUGCUGGUGGCAGCUCCAGAAGCAGCAUCGCCCAAGUCCCCCAGUCGUGUUCGCCGUUUUCAAGUCUCGACACCGGACAGUCCUCCAAGCAAUCACUUCCAUCACAAAGACGUGGUUUCGACCCCUCGGUACACGAUCGGAAGCUCGACAUCCAUUCCGUUCUUACACCACAGACCCACCUCCCUCACGAUGGCGCCUAUGACAAUGUCGCCGCCAACAUCAGCAGCCACGGCCCCAUCGAUGCUAUAUAGCGGAGGAAGCAAUCGCACGGUUUGGAGCGACCGCACUUACCGCAAGGGCUCCGUGCCAUUUCGUCCGACCGAUAAACUCGCGUGGCUGCACCAGUUGGACCAGAAUGUCCGAGAUGCGCUGGUCAUGCUUGCGUGCGGAACUUGUGGCGACUGGAUCCACGACAAUUUACAAUGCCCAGCCUGCCAGCAACUAUACUGCCACCGCUGUGUGCCUGUCGCGUAAGUGUGGUGGAACCAGGCCAGAUGUCCUGACACGUAGCAUCGCGUAGAUGCGCCCGGUGCGGCCUCGCUUUGCUCCGUGCGUCGCUCCAGCACAACGGUUUGGCCCAGACACAAGCAGCGUGCGUGGGUCUGGUCGCCAUCGAAGGGGAUCCGUCGACCGGGAUGACCAAAACUCUCACGUCGUUGGAAGAAGACAUGCACACGGCCGUGCCGUUGUCCCAGCACGUCGCCCUAAGCCCCGUGGGCCUUGUUCCUGGCCAAACUCCGUACUUGGCGUCGUGCAGCAUGGCCCAACUCGACGUGCUGGAAGAGAUGCAUUACACAGCGCUACGAGAAAUUCAGUCGGCCCGCGUCGCCACCGCGCGAGCGCAGGAGCGCAUGCGAUACGACCAAGAACUCAAGCAGCAACUCUACCUUCAGAGUUUAGUCGCACCAGUGUUCGCAGCCCCCGGCGACGACACGCUCCUAGGGUGAUGAUUCAUCCCAGCGACUUGCGCGAAUAGAAGAAAAUAUCGGUCCCAACUUUGGAGUAAAAAUCGGUGGCACGCCAUCUCGCGCCGUCGCUGACCC